AUGGACCCAGCAGCCCGACACUCCUGGAAUUUGCUUCAAUAUUUCCUCAAUCGCAAUGUUCACAACAUUCGGAGGGAGGCAGAAUCUCAUAAUGCCCAACAUAGUCAUCUCUUCAGACUGCCGGCCGAACUACUUGGGAUUAUUCACGAGUAUUUGACUUCUGAAGAUUCGUUUGCGUUGUCACUUACCUGUGGUCGGUUCUACUACUCUACCAUCUUUGUGGGGGUUCAACGCCAACUAAAGUCAACCAAAAUGGGACAGUUCAUUACUCUGUGCAUGUUCGAAGGGCUCGGAGAGCUAAAGGAGUAUUGCUGCCGAGGUUGCCUCACUACCCACCCUUCCUCGCAUUUCUCAAUUGAUGAGCUAGAGAAACGCCACGUAGAGCGUCGUUGCCUAAGAACUAAGAAGGUCGUAAAUGCAUGGCCACAUGAAUACAGCUUCAACGACAUUCGGAGAAUGAGCGGACACGAUAAAUUGGGGUUUAUCCUCGAUAUACCUCUAAUAAACUUGAUUAUAAGUCUGUUUUCUUCCCCUAAGAUGUCACUAAUCAGUGGCUACCACUUGUUCUCCGUUUACAAAGAUGUUUCCAAGGAGGAUUUUGCAGAAUUAUGCCGGAAACUAAACAUCCCACUAUGCAACCAUAUGACCAGUGCCGACGAAAGAAUUGCGGAUCUCUACGUGCCCGAAUAUAUCCGUAAUCGAUACCCAGCCGAAAACCGAAAGAAAUAUUUCGAGCGGAAUAAACACGGCGUCAAAUGCAAUGUUUGCAACACGCUUGUGGUAACAGCCAUAAGUGAACCUUCCGGGCUUAAUGAUCACUGCGUCCUCAUCGCGAUACGACCGAUUGGUAGACUUUUCUCCCCUCUAGAUCCUGAAUGGAUGGCCCAUGCAUCGAAUUUUUCCCCCGCAAUUAAAGAGCACGUCGAAGCUCUCAACAGGGCGGUGACUGAAUUCGCGAAUACGGACGAUGCCCGUCUGAGUGAGGUUCCACCACCGGACGUAGCAUUUAACACUCAGUUUGUUCCUCUCUCACUUCCUAAAUCUACAUGGCUGGCGAGGUUGGGCGUAACGGCUUUUUCAGCAAUAAGUUCAUGGGUCCCAGAACAUGUUCACAGAGAUGAGACUGGCUUUACAGGAGCCAUCAACACCGCGGGCAUUUUGAACUCUGCCUUUCAGCCAAUUUGGGAAUUGCAUAGGGGGUAG